AGGUUUGAGGUCACUGGGGUCAAGGUCACCGAGGCUAAUAAUAUAUUUUUAGGUGUUUAUUAACACAUAGAUUGACAAAGCGCAUCAUCGGGGAGCAUCCAUCAGUUUCACUGAUAUUCUUGUUAAGUUUAAAGGGAACAUUUUGGUAGUGUUUUGGAUGAACCUUGUAUCUAAGAAACGUAUAACGCCUUUUUUGAAACUUCACAAACAUCUUUAAUAGCUUUUCAUAUGGCAGAACAUCUGCAUCCAUAAACUGCACUGUUCGUGCAGUGAGAAUACCAAAGCAGGUGAUGACGUAUUGAAUCUGUCAUCAGCAAUGCCGCAUACACGUGUGUGAUAUUUUGUCUUAGACCAUCAAAUAACAACCGCUUGUUUGUGACUUUAUUUUAAGAGCAGUUUGAAACGAACUUGUUAGGAAAUCUGCUCAGAACGUUAUAUUUGUGUUUAAUUUUUAAUGUAUUUCGAGAUAACAUAUGUGUUAUAUAAUUCUUGCAAUCGUGGAUUGAAUUAGAUAGGAUUAUCAGUAUUGUCGUACAUUUAAAACAUUUCUGUGUUGAUGUAAAAAAAUAGAAGCCGUGAAAUACUUAAGCAGCCGGACGGUAUGCGUAUUUUGUUGUAACUACAAAACAGUUGCUCAUCAAAGUGGUUCGACCCGGGCGGGGGUAACGCCUCAAGUAAAACAUGUCAGUUCGUGAUAUCCUGGUGUCAUGGACCACGUGGUCGAAACUCGCCGGCAACGCCGAUGACGACUGGGCAGACCGGCUAAGCCAUAUCUACACGGUGGUGAUCCUGUGUAGCUUCUCGAUGUUCGUCCUGGGAGGCUCCUAUAUGGAUGACCGGAUCGCUUGCUGGAUGAAAGGAGAAUACACGGCGCAUAUGGCGAAGUACGCGGUGAACCACUGCUGGGUUCACAACACAUACUUUGUGCCCAUGGAUGAGCACAUUCCACGUGGAGACACUGGUGAUCUCGACAUCACGUACUACCAAUACGUGCCACUCAUUCUGCUCUGCAGCGCCCUCUUCUUCAAGGUACCGUGUCUGCUGUGGCGCUGCUUUGCGAGCUUCUCUGGAAUCGAGAUAAACAAGGUCGUGGAGAUGAUGGCCGCCAGCCACUACGUAGAGGACGCCAAACGGGACGAGAAGGUGGCAGAGAUCGUCUGCACCAUUGACCGCUGGCUUGAUGCCAACCGCCAGUACCACUGGAACUGCUUUGUGCGCAUGCGUCAGAAACUGGGUCGCGUCCUGUUCUGCUUGAACCGCCGCGAGGGGACAUUCCUGACAGGUCUUUACAUGCUGACCAAGCUGCUGUUCCUCGCAAACGUAGUGGGCCAGUUCUUCCUACUGGACGCGUUCAUGGGCGGUUUCUACAGUUACUACGGACUCGAGGCGAUGAAGACGCUCGCAUACGAACACCAGAUGAAGGAGUCGAGGCGGUUCCCGCGGACCACCAUGUGCAGUUUCUCCAUUCGGUCCUUCAAAGUGGACGCCCCUGAAAAAGAAACAAUCCAGUGCAUCUUGCCUCUGAACCUUUACAACGAGAAGAUCUUCCUUUUUCUCUGGUUCUGGUUCAUACUUGUUGCCACGGCGACCGCCAUUAACCUUCUUGCCUGGAUCUGGCGGCAGAUAUUUGUGAAGAACAGACUUACGUUCGUGAAGCGCUACUUGAAAAUGAGGGGAAGGCUGCAGACGACGACAGACAAAACCCUGUCUCGGAAAUUCGCCAACUUCCUGCGCGGUGACGGCGUCUUUCUGUUGCAGAUGAUCGCCAAAAACGCUAAUCAGCUCAUCGUCACCGACGUAGUUGUCGGCCUUUGGGACCGAUUCCUCGAGAAGCCCAUAGUGAAGAAAGCGCUCGCGGAUAACUUGCCCGUGAAUAACAACCAAGGCGACGCCAAAGCGAGCUACAAGUAAACCGAAAACUAGACCUUAUAUAAUAUUAAAUCGUUAUACGAACUCCUAUGGUAUACCUCUUAUCAUUAAGAACGUUUACAAUACAAUAGCGCAAUAGAUUUUACCAUGUUUUUAUAUGUUAGAUUUUCCAACGACAUGAAACUUAGAUGAAUAUCAUUUAGAACUUUAUACAACUAAAAAUAGAUUUUAUUCAACUCAAAACCGAGCUAUAUUUAACGCAAACAUCUUAAACGGUGUGAAAAAAGUAUUAUACAUCACAGGCAGCAGUAUCAUAAAUUUGCCCCCCCGGGGACCCUACCCCCCCCCCGGGGACCCUA